CACAAAAAGUAUGCCUGAAAUCAAUAAACUAUAACAUUUGCAGUAAAUGGUUUGCAGCAUUUGAAUUUAGUUUUCAUCAACGAAAUGAUACGAGAGCAGACGGAACUUUUCUCUACAGUAUGGCUAUUUCUGGUGACAACGUGUUCUUAAGACGAAUAACAUAUAUAUAUCCUUAUGGAUUCCGGAAUGUUACCACUGAACGAAACACAACCCAUGUUUGUUUUAAUUUGAUCGAAAUGAACGCUUUCGCUAACGGAGAAAUGUAUUUGGUCAACGAAUUCUGCGAUUUUGGACACCUAUUCAAAGAGAAAAGACAUUUGCUAUUUCCUAAAUUAGUUCCGGCUACGCACACGCCGAUGAAGACAAUUGCGAGUACAACAGUUCCGAAAACGAACGCUCCGACGAAGAAAAUUGCAAGUACAACAGUUCCGGCAACGAACGCUCCGACGAAGACAAUUGCGAGUACAACAGUUCUGGCAACGAACGCUCCGACGAAGACAAUUGCGAGUACAACAGAGAAGCCUGUCGUAUCAGUGAAUUGUUCCAGCUUAAUUAUGGUAAAUAAUGGAGAUAAUAUCACAUGUCUAUGUGAAGAAAAAGGUGGAUUUCCUCCAGCUAAUGUAACAUGGUAUAAAGAUAGCACGCAGAUUGGAGCGAUAAAAAAAGAACAAAAUGCACUUAUUCUCAAUAAUAUUGAUAGAAAUGAUAGUGGAAAAUACAAAUGCAUUGGACAAAGCCACAAUCUUACCGAUGAAAUAACAGUGGAAACUCGUUUUUAUGAGAAGCCUGUCGUAUCAGUGAAUUGUUCCAGCUUAAUUAUGGUAAAUGUUGGAGAUAAUAUCACAUGUCUAUGUGAAGAAAAAGGUGGAUUUCCUCCAGCCAAUGUAACAUGGUAUAAAGAUAGCACGCAGAUUGGAGCCAUAAAAAAAGAACAAAAUGCACUUACUCUCAAUAAUAUUGAUGGAAAUGAUAGUGGAAAAUACAAAUGCAUUGGACAAAGCCACAAUCUUACAGAUGAAAUAACAGUGGAAACUCGUUUUUAUGACAAGCCUAUCGUAUCAGUCAAUUGUUCCCGUUUAAUUAUGGUAAAUGUUGGAGAUAAUAUCACAUGUUUGUGUCAAGAAAAAGGUAGAUUUCCUCCAGCCAAUGUGACAUGGUAUAAAGAUAGCACGCAGAUUGGCGUCAUAAAAAAAGAACAAAAUGCACUUACUCUCAAUAAUAUUGACAAAAAUGAUAUUGGAAAAUACAAAUGCGUUGGACAAAGCCACAUUCUUAGAGAUGAAAAAACAGUGGAAGCUCGUUUUUACGAGAAGCCUGUCGUAUCAGUGAAUUGUUCCAGCUUAAUAAUGGUAAAUGUUGGAGAUAAUAUCACAUGUCUAUGUGAAGAAAAAGGUGGAUUUCCUCCAGCUAAUGUAACAUGGUAUAAAGAUAGCACGCAGAUUGGCGUCUUAAAAAAGGAACAAAAUGCACUUACUCUCAAUAAUAUUGAUAGAAAUGAUAGUGGAAGAUACAAAUGCAUUGGACAAAGUCACACUCUUACGGAUGAAAUAACAGUGGAAGCUCAUUUUUACGGUACAUGUGUUGCUAUAGUUCUUAAUCCUGGAGUAUUUGAACCCAUAUAA